AUGGCUUACAACGGCAACGAUAACCCAACUGCAAGCAAUAGCCUCUCACACAAUGACCCUUUCGCUGCUCAACGCGAGGCGAACAACGAACUCUUCCACGAAGACAAGAUACAGAAAGCCACCCGCAGCAGCGAGACGGCCCUUUCGCAGCCCGCAGAUUCGCCAACCCAAGAUCGACGCCUGAGCCGUGAGUGGGAUGCGUCUAAGGUGCCGCCUUCGCAGUUCCAGCGUCCCAAGGGCAGCAUCUAUGCUACGCCGAACACUCGCGACGGACAUGUCGGGGGAGCUGAGAGGGAUCAGAAGUACUGGGAUAAGCUGAAGGAAAAGGGCUGGCUUCCUGGAGGCGAUAAGAAGUGA